GCGCUGGCCAGGGGUUCCGGCUGUAUUUCUAUGAGCGCUGCCGGCAGCCGCGGAGCUGCGGGAACCGGAAUCCGGGCGAGCUGGACCGCUGGAGUCAACGAGCGCAGAACGAGCUUCUCACUGUGUUCCAGACCAAACUGGCCUGGAGUUGGCCCACAGUCUUCCGGUUUCUGUCUCCCUGAGUCCUGGGACUCCGGCUUUUAGGUUAAUUUGAAUACAAGAUCAGAGCGGAUUGGCCCAACUGUACAACUCUUGGAGGAAAAUCCACAUUCUCCGCGAGAGGAAUAACGACAUAGAUCAAGAUGAAUGCCAUGCUGGAGACCCCCGAGCUCCCCGCCGUGUUUGACGGGGUGAAGCUGGCUGCCGUAGCUGCCGUUCUUUACGUCAUCGUGCGGUGUUUGAACCUGAAGAGCCCCACUGCGCCUCCCGACCUCUACUUCCAGGACUCCGGGCUGUCACGCUUCCUGCUCAAAUCCUGUCCCCUUCUGACCAAAGAAUACAUUCCACCACUAAUCUGGGGGAAAAGUGGACAUAUCCAGACAGCCUUGUAUGGGAAGAUGGGAAGGGUGAGGUCACCGCACCCUUACGGGCACCGCAAAUUCAUCACCAUGUCUGAUGGAGCCACGUCCACAUUCGAUCUCUUCGAGCCCUUGGCUGAGCACUGUGUUGGAGACGACGUCACCAUGGUCAUCUGUCCUGGAAUUGCCAAUCACAGCGAGAAGCAGUAUAUCCGAACCUUCGUGGACUAUGCCCAGAAAAAUGGCUACCGGUGCGCAGUGCUAAACCACCUGGGAGCCCUGCCCAACAUUGAGCUGACCUCCCCACGCAUGUUCACCUAUGGCUGUACGUGGGAAUUUGGAGCCAUGGUGAACUACAUCAAGAAGACAUAUCCCCAGACCCAGCUGGUCGUCGUGGGCUUCAGCCUGGGUGGCAACAUCGUGUGCAAAUACCUGGGGGAGACGCAAGCAAACCAGGAAAAAGUUCUGUGCUGUGUCAGUGUGUGCCAGGGGUACAGCGCGCUGAGGGCCCAGGAGACCUUCAUGCAGUGGGACCAGUGCCGCCGAUUCUACAAUUUCCUCAUGGCCGACAACAUGAAGAAGAUCAUCCUGUCUCACAGACAAGCUCUUUUUGGAGACCAUGUGAAGAAACCCCAGAGCCUGGAGGACACGGACUUGAGCCGGCUCUACACAGCAACAUCCCUGAUGCAGAUUGACGACAAUGUGAUGAGAAAGUUCCAUGGCUAUAACUCCCUGAAGGAAUAUUAUGAGGAAGAAAGCUGCAUGAGAUACCUGCACAGGAUAUACGUGCCUCUUAUGCUGGUUAAUGCAGCUGAUGACCCCUUGGUGCACGAAAGCCUUCUAACCAUUCCAAAGUCUCUCUCAGAGAAGCGGGAGAACGUCAUGUUUGUGCUGCCUCUGCACGGGGGCCACCUGGGCUUCUUCGAGGGCUCCGUGCUGUUCCCUGAGCCACUGACAUGGAUGGAUAAGCUGGUGGUGGAGUAUGCCAAUGCCAUUUGCCAAUGGGAAAGGAGUAAGUCCCAGUGCUCAGACACGGAGCAGAUGGAAGCCGAAUUAGAAUGAGGCCUCCGGACUCUGGCGCGCUCCAGCAGCCCUCCUCUGGAACCCAUGGCUGAUUCAGGCCGCCCAUCUCCCUCAGUGACCUGGAUCUAACCUCAGACCAUCAGUGGGGGCCACCCAUCAUGCAAUCUGUCUCAAGUAGGCAGCUCUCCCUGGGAGCUCCAGGCUAUUUUUGUGCUUAGUUACGGGUUUUCUCCGUUGCAUUGUUAGCCAUGGUGACAAGCUACAAGAUUCUCACCCUUCUGUCCAGUUUCAGUAUCUGAUUGCUUUCACGCCAGUUACAUCUAGUUUUCCUGCUAAGGAACGCAUCCGAACUGCAGUUUUGCUUUGCCAAUCAAAAGGCCUUUCCCUGAGAACCAUGAAGGAUGUAUGUCACUUUGUGAUGGUUGUAUGUGCCUGCGUAGAGUCCCCAACAAGAAGUCAGUGUCUCUGACCAAUGCUGAAGAAAUGACUUAGCUUUGGGGGUCUGAGAGCCUGAGGCCUCCUGGGCCUGAGUUUUGCCUCUGAAACAAAGGAAGUUCCCUGAGUCUAAAGCCAGUUCCUUUUCAGCAUCUCCUAAGACACCUUCUUCCCACCUUGCUGCUGCUGAGAGUUGCAUGGGACACUUGUCUAAAAAUUCAGCCUCCCAGAUCCCUCCCCUCGGAGAGGCUGACUCGGUGGGUGGGCUUGGGAAGGGCUCUGGGGAUUUUAAUUUUUGACAAGUGCCCCAGGGAAUUCUCAUCACCCAGCAAACGGAGGGAAACACCAUACUGCAGCGCCUUUAAAUUAGAAACGUCUUGGUGGCUCAUUUAAUUGACAUUCAUCAGCCACAGCGUCUCUUUGCUCCCAGAGACCUCCAAAGCAGCACAGCCUGGUGUAUGAUCUCAGUGUGGUGUCCCGAAAAGGGAGAAGAUAUUUGGGCUGAGCCCUAGCUCUGCUUCUCCCUGGAUGUAUGACCCUGGAUAAGUCGUUUUGGACUUGACUCUCUUCUCCUGUUAAAUAGGGGACUUAGAGCAGGCAGAUUGCCGAGAUGGCCACCAAGUUCUGAAGUUCAGUGACAAACUCAGUAUACUGAGUUUUGAGAGAACAUCUGUCUGGGGGAGCCUGGAAAUCCAUCUCCCAGGCUGAGCAUGUAAAUGCUAGGACUUGCAAUUUUUCCCCUUUCCCCCUUUCAUAUAAAGAGAUUUUAGAGUCUUAAUCACUCACUUGUAAUUUUCGUCCCAGGUCCUUCUAACUCUGGGUUUUGAUACCAAACAAUUCAAAAGUUGGACCUGAGUUUGAAGAAAUGUAUCUCCAGCGGAGAGGAGAGGGUGUUCUUUUGAAGUCAGUUUGUAAUCCUUAGCCUCUCUGUGUUGUCUGUUGGGUAGAUCUUUCCAAAAUGUCUUCUCGAGUGGGCGCGUCACUUUUGGGUUCAAGCACUCUUCUGAAAUCCUUGUGGUACUUGAAUCCCUCAGAACCUGCACUUUGAACAAUCAGCAGUUGCUCUCUGGAAUUAAGUGAACUGUGGGUGAAUUGCCUGAAUACUGUUAAAAAACAACCAUUUUUUUUCCUCUGCUUCAUUUCCUUUGGCUCCAGGACAGACUGAACUAUAGUGGUGGGUUUGUAUGGAUAUUUAAGGAGCCACCUGUACGCCCGAAUGCCAAGCCUCAGGGCGGCAGGUGGGAUGGAGAGUGUGGGCAUUGACCCAAGAGACUGUGACAGGAAUGCCUGUGAAUUGAAGAACUGUUCUGACAAUCACGAGAUCACCCCAUAACAUCAUCAGUGGACAUUCUCUGGGAAGACUGAGAUGUCUGAGGUCUUCAGUUUGCUUUGCUAUAGUUUCUUCACACUCACCAAAUUCUGUCCCUGUGCCCCUCCAGUGGUUAUCAUUUCUCUGUCGCGUUUCUUUUUUUAUGUUCUCUUAGCACAAAUUGGCACUUUAUCAUUCAUCCCUCAAUUUGGAAGCUAAUCCUUUCCUGUCAGUUUUCCCUCCACCAAACUGCAGCUAUUAGAAGACUCACAGAGUUCCUGCCGCUGCCUUUAUCCCUCCAGACUUUCAAAGACAGCAAUAAGGUAAUAGAGUUGAGUCACCGUCCCUAGAAGUCAGGGGCUCCCUUCAUUUGAGGUCAUCUCCUCCCAAGUCCUGACAAAGCGGUAGCUUUGGGUACCACCUGCUUCAGAGAAAAGUCAGCCCUACUGUCACACUUAGGAGCAAGUGGGAGGCUGUCCCGGGAGCCUGGUCUCUGCAGCAGUCCUGGAGGCCCACCGAGGAGAGGCAGAGCUGGGGCACUGCCUUUGUUACCGCCCUCCUGGAAAUCCAGCCCCCAGGACGGGGGAGGGGCCGUGUGCCAGCUGAAACCUUCCUAGUGUGUACCUCUGAAUGGCACUGGCGUUCCGUUUUGCUUCACAUGAAAUCAACUGAAGCCCUUUAUUCAAGCUUCGGGCUCUCAGACAUGGAAAUGAGACCGUGACCUUGGCAGUCUGACAGGAAAAUUCUUGUUUGACCCUGAAUGUGAGCACAGAGGCAUGAAUGUGGAGGUGCCAGCUUGCCUAAUGAAUGAGGGAACAGCCUUUAUGUAGGUCAGCCUCUUUCCUUCCUCUGGGCUUCUUGCUUUCUUCCCAAAGUCAUCCAUUUCUAAUAAUGAUGUGAAUUGUCUGCUGGCUAUGAAGGACUUCCUUGGACCAAAGGCUGAAUUUUUAGAGGACAUUUGAAUAUUCUUUCUUAAAAUCAAGAAUAUAAAUUAUAUAGAUCUAGACAAUUCUAUGGCAGGAAUAACAUUAAAACCCAAGUACGGAAUGCACCACAGGACUCUGGUGGUCUUCCCUGCUUCCCAGAUAAUUGGAAGACAUCAUCUUCGGUCAAGUUAGGACUACCUAGCUUAAAAACAUAAAUUAUCAAGACUGUGUAGUUGGCGGGGAGUUUCCCAAACGUGAAAACCUGUUCCUUCCUGCGAUGGCUUCCCGUCAUCCAUCCCUGUGCAGAAUGAAGGUGGAAAGUUUGUCAUGCUGUCCAUAUUCUUUUCUGUGGCAUCUUACAGUUACCUUAGUAUCUACUGAAAUGUUCCUGAAAGGGAAGUCUUCCUUUAUUUGCAUGGCGUUACAUACCUAGGGUCGGGAAGCCUGUCUCUGACUCACGUUGGCCAUGAGCAGGUCAACUUCACCUCUCUGAACCUGUUACCUCAUCCUACAUCAUCUAUAAGACUGCUUCAUCCACUUACGGAUCAUUUGCUUAGUUAUUGCUAAGUAUUUAUUAGAAGUUGCAGAUAGAAACAGGUUUAUCGAGACCCCUAAGCUCAUCUUGAGAGGACUUGGAGAGAAGGAGCGUGUGCAUUUAGCUUUUCCUAGUUAGGAGCCUGGACAGAAUCCAAAGCCAUCUUUGACCUCUCUUCCUUGUGUUCACCAUUAAGACAGUUUCCUUGCUAUUCCGAGGGUAGUCCUGUGACCGUGGCAGGUGAGGGCCACCGGUAAUAAGGCAAGUACCUCCGGCCUUCAGUGUGAGCAGGCAAAGCAUGGACUGUUGUCAGGACAGAAGUCCUCCCUGUGUGGCUCAUUCUGAACCCAGUCUGCACUCAGCUGAGGAUUCUGGGUAGCUGAGCUUAUAUGGCUGGCAUCCGGAUGAGAGCUCUCUUUGUAAGUGGCUGACUUGAGAGAGUGUUUGCCAGCUCUGGGGAUACAGUACGUGUGUUCUCGUUUGUGUUUGCCCCGGAAGCAGGUGUUAGAGAUGUGAGAGGCUUUUCUUUUCCCAUGGCCUUGAUCCUGACUUAGAAUGACAGUUUUAAAAGAAGAAGAAAAAGGGAAAAACAAAACACAACACACAAGCAUGUGGAGUUGGAGGAACUCGUGGGUUUUCCUCCUUUAGGCACACAGGAAAGUUCUUAGGAAGUAUGUUGCUUCAGCAUCCUGUCACGAUAUCAUCUGGAAUUGUUUUUCUUACCCAGAAAGCCUUAACUUGCCUCUAGAAAAUCCCCUGGUAUGUCAACAUUGUGGCAUAAGCAUUCAAACUCUUCUGCUAUGAAAGUUUGAAGCAAAGCCACAGCCAAACCAGAGAAUUUCCUCAGGUGGCCUGGAGGCUCCUGUGACGUCACCCCCACCUCUCACCCCCAACAGCAUGAGUGGUCUGGAACAGCCCCCUCCACCUGUCCUCUUUGCCUUACUCUUCCCAAAGCCACUUUGGAUCACUCAGAUGCUUCAGAAGGGGCCUGCUCGGCAUUUAGAUGCCAAGCAAUUGAGGGCCAGGUUUCUUGCACCUGGUAUCGAAGCAAAGGACAGUAUCCCCUCUUCAUAAACUAGGGCCGUUUUUCCUAAACUGUGUUUACAGCUAAGGACACAGGAACAGGCCCCUGCUGGCUAAAGAACCAGAACGGCAUCCAGAGCAAAGGCUGCUCUGCCAGCCUGUCUCUGCUACCUCCAGGUGCUUUGCUACAGCCCAGCAUCCUCUGGUAGUGGUCCUUAGAAACAGGCCACACAGUCCAGCUUGCCAACAGUCCCCAGACACCCAGAACAUAGACAGCUGUCCCUUUUGGAAGAUUCCAUCCUCCAUGUUUUCCAACUGUUUUCCUAGCAUGUGUGUAGAUAGAGCUUUCACCAAUGCCUAAUAAAGAAGCUGAAAUUAAUUUCUAAUUGGUAGAUUGUCCGACACCCUGAGUCUCAUGAAAGUUCUCAGCCUUUAACUAGACCCCUGUCAGUAACAAAAUCCAUAACCUUCCAUCUCCCUGUUCUGGUCCCCUUUAGCCAAGUAAUCUUCUAUUGCCAUAAACUAGGGACAGGCCACUUCUAGCACCUGCAGAAGAACCCUUAGUCUCAGUGGGCAUUGGCCCCCAGACCACACACACAGAGCAGUCAACAUCACCUAAAACAAUUGCCAACCUCCUUGGUCCCCAGAGCCAACCACUGCUCUCCCAGGCUGCUCUCAAGAGGGAACCCAGUUCCUGGCUAUAGGAGCUAGGCUCACUUUGGUCUUCAUUUUGGCCUCUUUAGUUUUCCUAAAGCACAAGUCCGUGUAGAAUCCUGUCACUUCCCCAUCCCCACACCCGCUCCAGGUGACCUGGGUCUCUCCCGCAGCCUCAGGCAGACCUUCACUGUACCUGAGCUUGCAACUUUCUCCCACUGCCGCUGCCUUAGUGACCCAGGGCUGGGGCGGGAGAGGGGGCCAGUUCGCCUCCCUCCUUCUCCGGGUGAACUCCAACCAACCGCAGUCUCACAUCGGCAGAUCUGCUUCCAGAUUGAUUUUCGAGAACAUCACUUUCACAUUCCCGACUCUCGUCCAUUUUGUUUUGUUCUCUCUGGGUUUUCCGGAACUCCAGAUGCUGCCCUGGAAAUACUGUAGUUUGGAGUUCAUGCUCUGAAAGUCCCAGUGCUGCUGUGUCUUUUGACUCUCCCAGCACCAGGCGUUUCGGACUUGCAAUUAGCAAUGCAACUUUUUCUAAUAUGAGGAUAUUUACCUUUAUUAAGAAACUAUACUCAACAAUGGCGUCCUUGAUCGUUUUGUGUUCUCAUGUUACUUUUGAUUCUACUUUGAUUCUUCUGUGUGGUGGUGAACAAAGAUCAUUACAAACAAAAACUGUAAUUUUCUUAUCUUUGAUUCAAUGGGAUUUCUUUACUUAAAAAAAAAAUAAAGACUAAAAAAUGCCGA